CGAGGAGUUCAGUCGAUGUUUUAACCUGCUAUUAUCUGUGAGCUCCUUAUCGAGGUCAAACAGGAGCGACUCCCACUCGGAAGUCACCGUUUAGGAGCCCGAACGAAGUAAAGGUUUGUCCAGGUGUUCCGCCGAGUGAAGUCGGGGUGACGACGGACGCCGACAAGUGAGCCCCGGAGAAGUUUGGUGUAAGAAGAGCGGCGCUGACGGGCGACUGUCGAGCUAACAGCUGGAAAAGUUCAGCCCUUUUCCUCUCCCCUCCCCUUUUUGGCUUCCUGAUCCCUGUUUCCGGUUGGCUGCUGUUCCCCAGGAGGUGUAGCUAAGCAUGGCCUAAGAGAGCUGAGACAAGGAUACACCAAAACAAAACGAGCUCAGGGGGCCCAUUCACCUGCACAGGCAGUGGGCGGGGCCGGACUCUGUCAUGGCACUGCUGCGGAGGAAGCUAAAGAUUGUGGUGUCAGUAAUGAUGAUCAAUCUCUUCAUCUUCAUCCUCAUCUCCCGGAACAGUAGCGGGAACAAGAACGGCCACGACAAAGUCCUCAUCCCCACUAAAGCCUUCUGGUCCAAGCUGGUCCCCAACCCAUCUUACUGGAACCGCCAGCAGCAGAUUUUGGACUUCCUGCAUAAUCCUAUCCUGACGAACGACAGCAGCACAGAUGUGCCCGGCUGGCUUAACGUCACAAGUGUGAUGUCCGACCCCUGCCAGCCCGACUUUAAGGUUGCCACGCAGUUGAAAGACUACAACUCCCUACCAGAGCGCUUUAAGGACUUCUUACUUUACAUGCACUGCCGGUCCUACCCUCUCAUGCUAGAUCAGCCUGAUAUCUGCAAGGAGCCGCCGUUUCUACUGUUGGCCGUCAAAUCUUUGGCGCCGCACUUUGACAGGCGCCAGGCCAUCCGUCAGUCCUGGGGACGGGCGGGCGUCGUAGCCAAUCAGACUGUGGUUACCAUCUUCCUGCUGGGCAACGCCACAGCAGUGGACCACCACCCAGAUCUGUCCGAAAUGCUGCAGUACGAGAGCAGCCGGCACAGGGACAUCAUUCAGUGGGGUUACCGGGACUCCUUCUUCAACCUGACUGUCAAAGAAGUGCUGUUCCUGGAGUGGAUACAGGCCCGCUGCCCCGGCGCCCACUUCAUCUUCAAAGGCGACGAUGAUGUGUUUGUUAACACCUUUCACAUUUUGGAUUUCCUCAAAGACCUCUCAGGGCGCAAAGCUACGGAUCUGUUUGUAGGUGAUGUUAUCACCAAUGCUGGGCCGCACCGAGACAAGAAGGUUAAAUAUUUCAUCCCAGAGAGCAUGUACGUUGGAUCGUACCCUCCAUACGCAGGGGGUGGCGGGUACCUCUACUCUGGUGACCUAGCUGCUCGUCUGCGUAAUGUGUCGUGGCACGUGGCCCUCUAUCCCAUCGACGACGUCUACACGGGCAUGUGUCUGAGGAAGCUUGGCCUUCCCCGAGAAACACAAGGCUUCAGGACGUUCGACAUCGAGGAGAAGUACAAGUCAAACCCCUGUGCCUACAAGAGCCUAAUGCUCGUUCACCCGAGGACCCCACAGGAAAUGAUCCAGAUCUGGAGCUGGCUCAGUAACCCGAACCUCAACUGUCAGUGACCUGACUGAAACUGUGACAGGUCGCCUUGGGGGGGUUACCGUACAGCUUGCUACUCCUGAGAGGUCCAAGCCACAAAUGUUUGGUUUCUGGCAGGUUCAGGACUUAAACUUUGGCGGCUGUUCAGGGUUGCAUGUAACUGGUACUCAUGGUGCUUGUGCGUGCUAAAAAUAAAUGAUAUGUAGCAGAAAACACAAGGGAAGCGCUUCAUAGGAAAAGUGUUUCUCUGCUGUGCAUCAAUGAUGUUUAGCACACACAAGCACAACGAGUACCAUUUAUGUGCACCCCUUCUGGUAACGGCUACGUGGAGUAGCUUGCCCGCUACGCAGUGCAGUUGAUGUUACACCCCCCCCCAUAGUCUUGACUUUCUUGAAACACUUGAUUGUCAUUGCAGGAAGUACACAACCAAUCACGGUGCACUUCUUCACAAAGUAUUUAAUGAGACUGCCCCAUGGAAGGAGUUUCACCCAUCGUGAGCGUGUCGACGUGCACAUAUUUAUAUCACAACUAUUUAAAAAGGCCUUUAGCUUCCUAAAGCGUGAACACUGUGCGUCAGCUCUGUAACGGAGCUUCUUAUUGCUGUAUUAUGCCUGGGGCCGAGGCAUGAGGGCGUGUCCACCUCGGACUCAGAUUGGAGACGUGAAUACUUGAUGUAAAUAUUUGAGAUGUCACUUUUCACUCUCUCGCCAGCUGCAGUUCGUUCCUGCAGUCUGUAAUGGCGCUCCCUGGUGGACACUUCCUCACAAAUCAUUGCUGAUGGCUGAAUCUGUGCUCGUGACUCGCUCUGUCUCAAAGCCCCCCCUCGCCCCCUUUUUGGAUUCUGCUGUUUUGUCAGUGUGUGAGCUGCAGAAUUCCUUUGUAAAAUAUUUAUUCUGUUUUUUUGUUGUUGUUUUUUGGGUGGAGCGAGCUCGCGCUUUGUUUUCAGGAAACUGUGCUCAGCGGGUCUGAGCUUGGCUCGACACGGAAAUCCAAAUGCUGUUUUUUUGCUUCGGUUUCACUUUAUUCAAAAAGAAUGUGCUCACAAAGUGCUUUUUUCACGCAGGAUCAUUUCAAGCUGCCACUUUGUAGAGUUUUUGCUUCACGGCCAUCUUCAGCUGUUGUACGGGUGUUAAAUAUUUGCUGCUGGAUUGUUCUGGGGUGGGAUGAUAAUGAAAGGAAUGACACCCCCCCCCUUCCCAGAAGGACCUGCCUCAGUAAAACGGCCACCUGAGUACAAAAAAAAAAAUUAUCUGGAAUCCUGCAUGCAUUUCUAGGCUCAACAUUCCAGUUAGUCUGUCGGUUGUGUCCAACACCCGUUAUUAAAACCUUAAUUAUUGUGUACUAUAAAACACAACCACGGAUCCAAACCAAACUGUAUGACUAAUGAAUGUCCACGCUGCGCUUUCCAGUAUGCUUGCGACUGCCGUUUUUUUUUUUUUUUUUUAAAGUUCCAUUUAAAAAUACUCAUUGUUUACCUCAUGAGUAACUAGCUGUUGUAGUGGUGUUAAAAUAUCAUACUUAGCGUCACAAGUUCCAAAUGUUUACAGAAGCAAGUUAAUAACUAUAUAAUCACAUACUUAAAAAAAAAAAAGAAAAAAAUUACUAUGCAAAACUGAGCUUUGCUGCAAUGACAAAAAGCUUAAUUGCAAAAUGAUACACCUCAAUUUAUAGGAAGAUAUUGUUCUGUUCUAGGAAAAUUACUUGCAUCUGAUUUCUUU